AAUUGACUGAUUUUUCAAAAAAUUUCAACUUUUCACUAAAAAUUCACUGACAUGUGUAGCAAUCCAACGCCACAAAAACAUCGCAUGUCUGGACGCGGCAAGGGCGGAAAGGUGAAGGGAAAGGCAAAGUCCCGCUCGAACCGCGCCGGAUUGCAGUUCCCGGUGGGCCGAAUCCACCGUCUGCUGCGUAAGGGAAACUACGCCGAGCGCGUCGGAGCGGGCGCUCCGGUGUACCUGGCCGCCGUCAUGGAGUACCUGGCGGCCGAAGUGCUCGAGUUGGCCGGAAACGCGGCGCGUGACAACAAGAAGACGCGCAUCAUCCCGCGCCAUCUGCAGCUGGCCAUCCGCAACGACGAGGAGCUGAACAAGCUGCUGUCCGGCGUGACCAUCGCCCAGGGUGGCGUACUGCCAAACAUCCAGGCCGUGCUGCUGCCGAAGAAGACCGAGAAGAAGGCUUAA